UGCUGGUGGCAGGUAGGUCAACAGCUAGGAGGGGGUGGGGCACGGGGAAUACUGGGAAUAUUCUCUGGAGCCAUGGAGCAGAGCACGAGCUAAAGUAGAUACGCAAGGAGUCAGAACUAAUACAGACUAGGAGGUAACCAUCCAGGCUUUGCUGGCUUUCUGAUUCUUUUGAGUGUCUGUCUGGCCCCCUCACACUCCUGGACUGUACUUGUAGCCUCAUCUGCCCAUACCAGGGAGGAGGAGGAAGAAGGAGCUUGUGGGGGAGGCCUGGGCUCUUCCUUUCACAGGGGCACAGGGACCUGGGUAGAACCUUUGGGCCCUUCUCUUAACAUGUUCACCUCUGGGGAUGGAAGUCCCACUGAGUAGGUGCUUCCUCAAUAAAAAUGGCUUCUUGAGUGUAGUAUUGGAAGCAAGGGAACACCAGCAGGGCCGAGGCUCCUGGUGGUAAGAAGGGGUGAGGUGGAGAAAGAAGAGGCCCUUAUUGCCAAGGGUCCCUAUCCUGCCUCACCUCAGCCCCCGAAUCCUGAGCACCACCCCACUGAUGCAUUAAAGACUACUGCUGGAAGGGUCCCCGCCCAGAGUGGUGGCUCCUGGCUUCAGCUGUCAGUGGAGAGACAGAUCCGAGUGCCGAUGGAGGACUAUAGCCAUGAGGACAAGGAAACAUGCCCUGGGAAUGUUGGGGGCUGGACUGUGCUCAGCCUCCCAGGGUUGGGUGAGAAGAUGGGGGUAAUGGCCCCCUCUCUCAUCUCCACCAGUUUUCUGCUUUGCAUGGAGAAACCUGAACCUGAGCUUUGCAGACCCUUAUAGGUCUGACCCCUCUGUACUGGGGGAGGCAGAGCCAGGAUCCAGAUAUCCAGGUUUCUGAGAGCUGUCUCCUGGCCUUGGCUCAGCUCUAAUUUAGGAACGGGGUGGAGUCCGAACCUGAAGAACCUGGUCAAACUCUCACCUGGGCUGCCCAGGACUGGUCCUGCACUCUCUCUGGCUCCUGCAGCGUCUCAACAGAAGAUGUCUCUGGCCAAUAGUAGCCCUAGGGCUGCUCUGCUGGGAGUCCUCCUGCUGGUCUCGCUGAUAGUCCAGAACCCAGUCAGAGGUCAGCUGACCCCUGCUCCUGUGCAGACAUGCCACAGCUUCCACUGCAUCGGAGAGAUGUGCUACCAGGAGGCAAAGUUCUCCAACCAAAUGGCAGAGUGUGAACCUGGGCAACAGCACUGUGAGUUGAUUCAACUCAACACUUCCCACUACACGGCCCGGUGCAGCCACAGCUGUGAGAGGGGAUAUGAAACUGGUCUCAGCCCUUGCCAGCUGGCCAGCACCUCUGCUCCCAGCCCAGGUCCCUGCUCUCUGCAAUGCUGCAGCGACGGCCCACACUGCCUGGCGCUCAAUGAGUUGGCCUCGGGUCUAGACCACCUGAUUGUCCCAGAGGACAAGCUGGUCCCUACUCCACCAGCCCCCAACAGAAAUGAGAAAGUCUGUGCCACCUUCUCCUGCCUAGGCAGUGAGUGCUUCAAAGGGCAGAAAGCUGUGGCCACGUGCCCUAAGGGCUUGGACUUCUGUGAGCUGAAACGGUCCAGCUCAGGCUACACUGCAGGCUGCAGCCAGGCCUGUGUGUCAAGUAUCUACAGGUGUCAUGGGGCCAUGGCUCAGGCCUGCUCUCAGGAGUGCUGCCAAGCGUCAGCUUCAGGCAGCUGCCUGCGGCUGGAUGGGGAUCUUCACUUCAACCGGGCAGCCUCAGGAGCCACCAGGAGUCCCCUGCAUUGCUCCCUGGCUGGGGCCAUGCUGCUGCUCCUCCUCCACUUUGCCCUGCUCCCAUUCCCAUUCCCUUAGCUGGCCCAGCUGAAUCAGGGAGCAGCAGCCAGGAAGACCCUGCAGGCCUGGCAAGUCCCCGGCCCCACCCCCAGCUCUGAUUCCUGUAACUGCAUCUUUAGUGAAAGGGGUUUAUCAAGUGCAAACUAUGGGCUCGAGGCUCCUCCCUCCUGCCCCUCAGCACCUGGACCUGACUGUGGUGCCCUCCAAGGUGGCAGGGCCUUAGCCCCAAUCCCAAAGAGAGGCCGGAGUUUUUCUGAAAAAAUAGAACAGAACAAAUGUUUCUCCACCCCUGACCCCAUAAAGUGGGAGGACUCCAAAGUCCUGCAGGGACAGAUUGCAAAAUGUGUCCAGCCCCAUCCACUUUUCCCAGACCCUCCUCCCCAGCCUUUGACAUUAAGAGUGGGGCUAGAAUUUGGGUUCCCCUGCUUUCCUGCAGUGAGGUCCACCCCCUUUAUCUCCAAGGGUACAAAUCAAUCCCCUUUUUUCUCAUCCCCCACAUGACUUUGACACCAAAUUCAAAUAAA